CUUAAGACUGAGAUUGAGAUUAAAAGUACCUAAUAGAACGAGGUAGAUUCGAGGCCUCAGAGCAUCGUUAAUACUCAAUCGUAAAGAUAAGGAAUAAUUAACACAUUUCCCCCAGGAGUACAUGUAAUCGCAUUCCUUGAAAAUGUGUAAUAGACUAAUUGAUCACUUUAAAAAAACAUAACUGAAGAAAGAUUAGUCGGGAAACGACUAAAAGCAUUUUCAACACGUUAAACGAAAUUUAAUUUAAGAAUUCCAUAACUUUCUUGCUGGCUAAAAAUAAGUGCAUCAGACAAACAGUGUAUCUCAUAGAAACACAUAGUAAAAAUGCCACAGUUUAUGUGUAUACGUUUUUAAUCAGCCAUAAUACUAUUUUUAGAUUUUUAACUCGGAGUUUGGAUAUAAAUAUCGCACAUUCACAGCCGCUGUAGUUAAAACAAUAAAUUCUUCGGGUCGGUAUCUGUUAUCCUAAUGCCUGUUAAAUUCUAUUUCGCUCAAGGUCGCGUUACCUUGCCCUAUAGGCAUUUUCAAGGAAAUAUUGGCUAUCGGUGGCAAUUAACAAAAAGUCUUAAUUGAGGGCCUCGUAGGGUGCCCCACUGCUACGCAUGCAUUAUGCUGCAUGCUACGAAAUUACGUAGCUUUUUUCUUACUUAUUGGAUUUCCUAACAAAGAUGCAACAUUUAGGUAUUUAUUUUAGAAGAUUUUUCAGAAGAUAACCUGUUUAAUACGGUCGAGUUGAAAUUGUUAAGAUCAGUAUUAAUCUUAGUGACUUGCUUCAUAUUGCAUAAACUCACUUAUGAAUUUUAAUUCAUGAUUAUUGAAAAAGUUACGUAUGUGUAUAAUAUAAAUAACAUUUUGUAAUAUAAUCUGACCAUCUAUCUCUCUAGCUAUUUGUCGAACAUUUUUACACGGGUCAAUAACUAAGUAAUUAAAAUUCCUAGAAUUGAACAUUUUGAACUAUUCUUGAAUGUACAUUUCAAAUGCAUGUAGCACAACAUUUAAUCAGUUGCAAUAUAAUCGAAUACAAUAAUAGUCUGGGGUCAAAUAACCAAAGCUUAGGUAUUCCAAACAGGCUGUAUACUGUAUCCUCUAGCAAUUAAUCUGGCCUAUUGUAGGCACCUCUUGGACAAUAUUUCGUCAAUGUAUAGUCUCCUAUUUAUUCUACUCUCGGCGAGCACAUUUCGUUCAGUAAUCGUUGACCUGCCUUACAUACACGGUACACCAUAGAGUGAACGACGACGGCUAAGGACGCGCGGUACCUUGUUCCUUCGAAAUUUAAACUUUAAAAAGAAAAAUGUUUUAGUCAUUGGAUUUUGGACUUUUUGAUUUUGUUUUUCUUUUUUGUUGUUGUUGUUCAUGUGUAGCGAGAUGUGGAGAAGAGUUUUAUGUGUAUCCGUGUUUUUGUACGCGAUAGUAGCUCAUGUCACCACUGCGCCUGCGUAUUAUCAUAACUCUCGCGGGCCGUUAUACACGGUAAACAAUAUACCCGAUUCUCAUCGGAAGCCGUUCAUAGAAGCCCGGAACUCGACGUACCACGGUAGCGGGCCGCGCGAGGAGGCGCGUGCUAUGUGUUCCGUCAGGACGCAGGAGGUCAACGCUACUGCUAAUGCCACCAUCACUAGGAGACUGCACGGAGUUGUUACUUCUCGAGAGCUUCACAGCUCGAUACAACGCCUGGAAGUGAUAAUCUUCGGUCAAAUGCAGCAACUCUGGCAGAGCUUGGAUGCGCUGCGGACUCAGCUGGCAGGCGAUAGUCGAAGUGCUUACCCGGCGAGGAACACCGUCUCAUUCAGAUACCAACCUCAUGGGAUAUACAAUCAAAAUCAUUAACUUUAUAUUGGCUAACUAUAAAAAAUCCAUUUUACAAACUUAAGCCGUUAUCAAGGAUAGGUACAAGAAACGGUCCUUUAAUCUAGAAUUAUGAAAUUUGCCAUGAGGCUAUA